AAGUGAGGCGGUUUCUUCAAGUUGACGCUAAAAUUCCUGCCCUGCGUCCCCGAACUUCGGGAGAGUUCUGCGCUGGAGCGACGGGAAAACCGAACCGAGGCCGAUCGAGAUGACUGCGGUGCUCCUGAUCCUGAUCCUGGGCGUCGUUCAGCUCAGCCGAACCGAGUCGAAGACCGGGAAACCCGAUGAGCUGUUGGUGAUCACCGCCGCCACAGAAGUGACCGAUGGCUACCUGAGGUUCAUGCGCACCAUCCGACAGUUCAACUACAGCGUCCAGGUUCUGGGUCUGGGUGAGGAGUGGAAGGGUGGAGAUGUGGCCCGGACCGUCGGCGGAGGUCAGAAGGUUCGAUGGCUGAAGACAGAACUAGAGAAACACAAAGACAAACAAAACACCGUCAUCAUGUUUGUAGACAGUUAUGAUGUGAUUUUAGCCAGCGGUCCAGAGGAGCUGCUCAGGAAGUUUUCUCGUUUCUCUCAUCGCGUGGUUUUCUCCGCCGAGGGCUUCUGCUGGCCGGACCAGAGACUGGCUUCCAAAUACCCAGCAGUGCAUCACGGCAAACGCUACCUCAACUCUGGAGGUUUCAUCGGCUACGCUCCUGAGGUUCAUGCCGUAGUGAAGCAGUGGAAAUACAAGGACGAUGAUGACGACCAGCUGUUCUACACACGCAUCUACCUGGAUAAAGAGCAGAGGAGGAAGUUUAACAUCACGCUGGACCACAAAUCCCACAUUUUUCAGAAUCUCAAUGGAGCCAUAGAGGAAGUGGUCCUGAAGUUUGAGAAAUCCAGAGUCAGAGCUCGGAACGUGGUCUAUGACACACUUCCUGUCGUUAUCCAUGGCAACGGCCCGACUAAGCUCCAGCUGAAUUAUCUGGGUAACUAUGUGCCGACGGCGUGGACGUAUGAACACGGAUGUGGGAUCUGUGACGAUGAUUUGCUGGACCUGAGCGGUCUUUCUGACGAGGAGAUGCCGCUGGUGCAUAUCGCUGUGUUUAUCGAGCAGCCAACGCCGUUUCUGGAUGAAUUUCUGGAGAGACUCGCAACUUUGAACUACCCACACGCACGCUUACGACUCUUUAUACACAACAACGUUGUGUAUCACGAGCAGCAUGUGGAACGGUUCUGGACACGUCAUCGCUCGCUCUUCCCUGGGGCAAAAAUUGUUGGACCAGAAGAAAACCUCAAACAAGACCAGGCCAGAAACAUGGCAGUCGAGGCGUGUAAGAAGGACGUCUCCUGCGAUUAUUUCUUCAGCAUCGACUCUGAUGUUGCUCUGAUCAAUCUUGAUAUUUUGCGGAUUCUUAUUGAAGAAAACAAAAGUGUGAUCGCACCCAUGCUGUCUCGACACGGGAAGCUCUGGUCCAACUUCUGGGGCGCUCUGAGUCCGGAGGGCUUUUACUCGCGCUCGGAGGACUACAUCGACAUCGUCCAGAGCAAGAGAGUUGGACUGUGGAACGUUCCCUACAUCACUCAGGUGUAUCUGAUCCGUGGAGAGACUCUGCGCUCGCGUCUGGCCGCUGUGUCUCUCUAUCAGCAGGAGGGCAUGGAUCCAGACAUGAGCUUCUGCAAGAGCGUCCGCGAGCAGGGCAUCUUCAUGUUCGUGUCCAACAGGGAUGAGUUCGGCCGGCUGGUCUCCUCCACCAAUUACAACAUCAGCCGUCUCCAUCCGGACAUGUGGCAGAUAUUCGACAACCCAGUGGACUGGAGGGAGAAAUACGUCCAUGAGAACUACUCCAAGAUUUUUGAGGACGGUGAGAAGGUUGUUGAGCAGCCCUGUCCAGACGUCUACUGGUUUCCAGCGUUCUCUGACAGAAUGUGUGAUGAGCUCGUGGAGACCAUGGAGGAUUUCGGUGGAUGGUCUGGAGGAAAACACAACGAUGAACGGUUAUCUGGAGGUUAUGAGAACGUUCCUACAGUUGAUAUUCACAUGAAUCAGAUCCAGUUUGAGAAAGAGUGGCUGAAGUUCCUCAAAGACUACAUCGCUCCUGUGACGGAGAAACUCUACCCAGGAUACUAUCCGAGGGCUCAGGCGGUGAUGAAUUUCGUGGUUCGUUAUCGUCCUGACGAGCAGCCGUCGCUCCGUCCUCAUCACGAUUCCUCCACGUUCACCAUCAACAUCGCACUCAACAGGAAGAACAUUGAUUAUGAGGGCGGAGGCUGUCGGUUCCUGCGCUACGACUGUAAGGUGGAGUCUCCCAGGAAGGGCUGGUCGUUCAUGCACCCGGGUCGUCUGACACACUAUCACGAGGGACUUCCUGUCACACAAGGAACUCGAUACAUCAUGGUGUCGUUCGUUGACCCUUGAUGCUCUCGUGAACUCUCUCUCUCUCUCUCUCUCUCUCUCUCUGUGUGUGUUAGUGUUUGUUUCUCUGUAAAUUACCUAACAAGAUGUUUCAUAUGAGGCCAGACAUUCACUCCUUCAACACAAAUCAACCUUAAAGCUUGAUCAGGAGAGUAUUUUUACUUGAUUUUAUAUAAUAAUAGAAUCACAGAUGUUUUUUAAAGAGCUUUAGUCCUCCAUUAUCUUUUGUACUCGAGCUUUGUACAAAGCGCUUUAAAUUAUUUGUUGCCUUUUGGAAAUAAAUAUUGGAAACGAAGCCGGUGUCAUGUGGCUUUAGUUCUAAAAGCAGAUUCUUUGCAGAGUCAUGUGUAAUUGAAAGCAGGACUUGAGCAGUUCAUUGAUCAUAUGAUGGCGACUGAGUGAAAUCUCAUUAAUAUGAUGUGCAUGAUCUGUAAAGUAUUUGUCACUGCAGAAACCAAUAUUAAACAAAGUUGAAUCCA